GUGGCCGACCGGCGCCCGGGGACUGCUUGGCCCCGCCGGUUUCAACGCCGCUGCGGCUGCUUCGGGAAGGCAGAAAAGAUGAGCUAAGCCUCGGCAGCUGAUAACUGUCUCCAGCGGCAUUUACAGCGUGUGGUGUCUACCUGAAGAACAUUCUACUUUAAAAGAAAAAAUGCUGUCUCCAGGUGAUAAAAAGUUAGAAAAGCUGGAUCCGUUUUAUCGACCCUCAGUGUCCAAGCAGAAGACCAGUGCAGAAAUCAUAAGUGAAGCUCGAAAUGCACUAAGAACAGUUAGAACUCAAAGGCCAUUUACACCACGGGAAGACCAAAGAAAACUAUUUGGACCUGCAUCUUCAAGAACACCAGAAAAUAGACCUCCUUCCUCCUUCAGCCUCCAUGCAUCCUGCUUUGAAUCACCCGAUUUGAGGCCUGUCUCUGGCACACGUCUCAGUCCACUACAGCUUAAACCGAAAACUCCAACAUCUCCCACCACAGAGGAGGAUCCCUGCCUUUCCCUUCCUAAACCCCCAGUGGACCCCGCGAAGAUUCGAAGAAUAAGCAGUGCCCGGGCACGCUUAUUCAGGGCUGCCUCGCAGGGGGUGCUGCUGCCGGACAGAACCCUUCUUCCCGCUGAGUCAAAGAAGACAGUGAAACCCAAAGAAAUAGUUACGACGGGGGACUCUAUGGUGAAAAUAAAUGGGAUUUAUUUAUCAGAAUCAAAUGCCGUUGACCACUUGAAGAGUCACCCACUUCAGUUAACUUAUGAUGGAGGCUUCAGUGAAGUCAAGGAGCAAGAUAUGUUCAAAGGGACAACAUCCUUACCAUCUCAUCUCAGAAGUGGAGGGGACCAGGGGCGGAGGCAUGCCCGGGCCUCAUCUUGCCCCAGCCGCUCGGACCUGAGCCGACUAGAAACCACAGCCUCAAAAGCCAACUUGCAAGAAAAGGACACAGAAAAAGAAGCAGAUGAAGUCUUCUGGAAUACAAGGAUCGUACCAAUUUUGCAUGAAUUAGAGAAGGAAGAAAACAUUGAAACUGUUUGUGCUGCUUGCACACAACUUCACCACGCUUUAGAGGAAGGAAACAUGCUUGGAAAUAAGUUUAAGAGAAGAAGUAUUCUCCUGAAGACCCUCUAUAAACUAGUUGAUGUUGGUUCAGACUUGCUCAGCCUUAAACUUGCAAAACUUAUUCUAGCACUUAAAGUGAGUAGAAAGAAUCUCCUUAAUGUCUGCAAACUUAUAUUUACAAUUAGCAGGAGUGAGAAGAAUGAUUCUCUGAUUCAAAAUGACAGCAUUCUGGAGUCAUUAUUGGAGGUCCUGAGCAAUGAAGACCUACAAACAAACACGGAAGCUUUUUUGUACUGUAUGGGGGCUAUAAAAUUCAUUUCUGGAAACACAGGAUUUCUUAAUGAAAUGAUCAGCAAAGGUGCUGUGGAAAUUUUGAUGAAUUUGAUAAAGCAAAUAAAUGAGAAUACCAAGAAAUGUGGGGCGUGUUUGCCUAAUUCAGGCCACUUGUUAGUCCAGGUGACUGCUGCACUGAGAAACUUGGCUGAUUCACCACUAGCAAGAAGGGAGUUCCUGAGCAUCAGAGCUCUUCCUGACCUCUGUACUGUGAUAGAGUGGUACAUGGGUGACAAGGAUGUCUGUACCAAUAUCGCCAGAAUAUUCAGCAAACUUACUUCUUACCAUGAUUGCUGUGCAGCCUUGGCCAACUAUUCCAGAUGUUAUGCCUUGUUUCUGAAUCUGAUAAACAAAUACCAGAAGAAGCAGGAUUUAGUCAUUCGUAUUGUCUUCAUUCUUGGCAACCUGACAGCGAAAAAUAACCAAGCUCGUGAACAGUUUUUUAAGGAGAAAGGGAGCAUCCAAACGCUGUUGUCGCUAUUCCAAACAUUCCACGAACUCGAUCUGAAUUCACAGAAGCGGGUGGGUGACAGAGACGCGCAGGCCAAGGCGCAAAGGCAGCCCUCGGGCGUGGAGGACGUGCUCAUCAAGCUGACGCGCGUGCUCGCCAACAUAGCCAUCCACCCGCGCAUUGGCCCCGCGCUGGCCGCCAAGCCGCAAGUGGUGGGCCUGCUGCUAACAACACUGGAAUACAAGUCAAUUGAUGACUGCGAGGAGCUGGUGAUCAAUGCUACAGCAACAAUCAACAAUUUAUCUUACUAUCAAGUGAAGAAUUCUGUAAUUCACGACAAAAAGCUAUCUAUUGCUGAAUUGCUCUUAAAGCUUCUGGUGAGUAACAACAUGGAUGGAAUCCUGGAGGCCGUGCGUGUGUUUGGAAAUCUCUCCCAAUACCGUGAUAUCUGUGAUUUCAUUGUGCAGAAAAAUGUACACAAGUUCAUGAUUGCACUGCUGGAUGCUAAGCACCAGGAUAUUUGCUUUUCUGCCUGUGGCGUUCUCCUAAAUCUCACUGUGGAUAAGGACAAACGGGUCAUUCUAAGAGACGGAGGCGGCAUUAAAAAGUUAGUGGAUUGCUUAAAGGAUUUUGGUCCUACUGAUUGGCAGCUGGCCUGCUUGGUUUGCAAAACUUUAUGGAACUUCAGUGAAAAUAUCACUAAUGCUUCAUCGUGUUUUGGAGAUGAAGACACCAACACACUCUCAGUCCUGUUGUCGUCAUUUUUAGAUGAAGAACUAGUACUGGAUGGCAGUUUUGACCAAGACCUAAAAAACUAUCACAGACUCCACUGGGAAACAGAAUUCAAACCUGUGGCACAGCAGCUUCUAAAUCGAAUUCAGAGUCAUCACACCUUCCUGGAACCCCUGCCCAUUCCUUCUUUUUAACAUGAGGUAGAUUAACAACAGAAACAGGAAGUCAGGUCUCCUUCAUUCUUAAAAAGCAAUAAUAAAUGUGAAUGUUUUUUUUUUCAGUAUUAACCGAUAUUGAAAAGUUUUCCAGGUACUGAUUUUAGUCUGUAGCUAAGUAUUUUUAAAGAAAAAAAGCAUUUCCCUUUGUUAGCUAUUAUGGAAAAAUGAAUAUACAACGUGUUAUUCUUUCUACUAUGAGAAAUGUAAGUUGAAAAUAUAUGCAGUUUUUCUAAGCAAGUACCUUUUUCUUCUAUUCUCUGUUAAAUAAUUUAGUUUUAGUCUUAAAAUCCUGGUUUAACAAUUCUGGAAUUUAAGUGGUGGUCAGUUCAUUAGUUAAGUGAACUGUGCAAUGUAGACCAUUAGACUUUGUAUAUAAAAAGAAUGGUGGUCAAUGCAGAUGGAGCACAUUACAAUAGAAGCACAUGUACUAAUUCUUACUACAUCUAUAAUAAAUUUUCUGAGUAAGUAGUGGUAUUUUUCUGAUUCUCAUAUUAAAAGGAGUAAGCAGGGUAAGUUAAAGAGAAAACUGCUUUGGGCCAUCUACUCUUUAUUAAAUAAUAAGUAAUAUUAUUUUAUUAUUUGAAAUAAAAUGUCUGGAGCAGACAGUCCCUUCUAAUUGUAACUCUCUCUGACUAGGGAAGUGAUGUAAUGUAUUGGAAAGAAUGUAGUUAUAGGUGUAUGGCAGAAUUGUUUGAAUCCUAGUUCUCCCCUGCUAGCGGAGGACCUGGGGCAUGUAACUUAAUUUCUUGAGCUUCAACUGUAAAACGGAAAUAAUGCCUACUUUCUUAAAAGUGUGGUCUAGAACAAAUCGUUAAAAGAGCAAAUUGCCCAGUACAAUGUCCGAUGUGUAGUGGGUACUCAAUACAUUAUGAUGGCAAUUAGUUUAUUGGUUUGUUAUUCUUUGUAGGACAGGCAUGGCCCUUGAAUGAAUGAUAAAAAAACCAAAGAAAUUGAGAUUACUGUUGUUACACUAGACAAAUGAAGGAGACCUGGAAAAAAGAGCAAAUGUACUACUCUGAUUGGAGAAAAGCUGUAAUUAACGGCACAUCUCUCAUCCUACAAAAUACCAAGACUCAGGGGAUGAGGGCAGGCAGCACAGACUGGACUGGCUUUUGGAGCCUAUUAGAACAACCUAAAAUUUCCAGAAACAAACAGACUUUCCAAUGGCUCUUCCAAUCUGAAGCUCAUCCCUGGUUAGGGAUCAGCAAGAUCCUGUAGGGAGAUUCACGUUAUUGUCAUCUAUCUAUUCAUGAGUAUAUGCUAGUAGAUGCAUUGCACUAGAUGAAAUCAGUUGAAGUCUGAGGGGUUAGUCUCUCCAAAAUUUUUAAGGAUCUUUUUUUUAAUCCAUACCAGGCUAUAUAUUUUACUUGCUGUGAAGAAGGGCAAACUUCUUCCCCCUAAAACAGCCCCCUCAAAAUUUAUAACUAAUAUAUAACUUAUGUUAGGAUACCAUCAUACUUGCUCUUCUCCAUACUACAUCACUCCUAUGGUGAAGUGAGUUCCUUUAUGUGGCCUUUUGCCUUGGUUAUUUGGAAAACAGCUUGAGCGAUUUUUCCCCUAAGCCCUGAGGAGUUACCUUUGCUCUAG